UGUUCCAUUUCUUCUGUGUGUAAGAGGGACUGAUGAAUUGGAUCAACCUUGCUUGUUAUCAGCAAUGGGGUUGGAUAUCACACUGGAAAGUAGACCACCCAUAGGAGCUACCGUUUAAACCUUCAAAAUAUAGAAAACGAAAAGAACUUCAUACAUGAUUUUAAGGAUGUUUGCCCCAGAUGUGUCUUCCUCAGCUUUGAAUUGCACACUUGUCUUGGGAAUAACUUGUUUGACUGUCUUCAGCAACUUUGCCAAAAGUUCUUCAGACUUCUCAGGUUACCUGUCCAAAGUGUUGAGGAAUUACACAGGGCAUGCUUGUGAUGGGGAGUACAUCUCUGUGCGGUGCCCUCACCGGACUACCAUCAGCAUCCAGGCUUCCUUUUAUGGCAGGAGGAUGCCAAGCCAUCAAAUGUGCCCGUCCCAUUAUCCACAUUCCAACACAGAGCUAUUCAAGGAAGACACAUCCUGUUCAACUGUUACCUCACUUCAGAAAAUGCUGGAUGAGUGCCAGGACAGACGAAGCUGCCAGCUUCUUGUCAACAGCAGGCUCUUUGGGGUGGAUCCCUGCCCCAGCACCAGCAAAUACCUCACUGUGUGGUACAAAUGCCGACCAAAUGAAUACAAGAGUAAAGUUGCAUGUGAAGACGACAAGUUGAAGCUGAGCUGCAAACAAAGCAUGGUGAUAGCGAUCUACUCAGCCAUCUUUGGAAGGUCACAGGAGGGUAGCUUGGAGUGUCCGUAUCAGAACACUGGGGUUCCAGCUGUAGAAUGCCAGUCAGGCACUGCCCUGCAGAUCAUGACGAGUCGUUGCCAUGGGAAGAGAAGCUGCAGUGUGUAUGCUAGAUCGCAUGCAUUUGGGGACCCGUGUUACCCUGGCGUUCGCAAGUACCUCAAUGUCAUUUACACCUGUGUGCCAAAGAAACUGUUGGAAGGAGCCAACCCCAAGCCGACAAAGUACCACAGUCUGAGCUACCCUCAGCCGCCUAGAUCACAUGACCCAAAUAUUAUAGGAGAUGGAGUGUUUCCUGAUGGCCCACCGAUUAUAACAACGGAUACACUGUCAGAGAAAAAGAAGACAGGAGGGGUAUCUGGGUUCUACCCCAUGGAAGAGAAGUACUCGCUGGUCCCUUUGGAUGAAAAACCUAGACAGAUGAUAAACAGCAGCAUGGAGUCGAAGCCUAUCAGCACAGAGAUGGCACUGCUAAGCAACAUCCUUGCUGCCUAUUCUUUUAUCUUGGAAAACCCUGAGCGAGCAGCCUUGUACUUUGUGUCCGGCAUCUGCAUUGGCCUCAUCUUGACGCUGUGCGCUCUGGUGGUGCAGAUUUCCUGCAGGACAGACUGCAAAGCCUCCCCUGCCAAGAAGCCUCAGAAGAACGAGGUCAGUGACAGCGACAGCAGCGACAGCGACUGGGACACCACCUCGGACCUGUCUGCACGGCGGCACCGGCGCUUCGAGAGGACUUUGAACAUGAACGUUUUUACUUCAGCAGAGGAGCUGGAGCGAGCGCAGAGGCUUGAGGAGCGAGAACGGAUAAUCCGGGAGAUCUGGAUGAACGGACAGCCGGAUAUCCCAGGCACCCGCAGUUUGAACCGUUAUUACUAGUGAUGGGAUUAGUGUUACUCUUAUAAUGGACCUGCUGCUUUGGGCUUGGGAGUAAUAGCAGUUUGCCAGGCCUUAACAAGUUUUUAGGGCAUUAAAUAGGGGAAACUAACUUGCUCCGCUCAGUGAGAAUAAGCUUUUCAGCAAGUGAAGCUGGAGAUUGAUAAUCACUGUUUAUUCAAAUAAAGUUCUAUAUGAGAACCAAUAGCUACUCACAGCACUGACUGUGUUGCCUGUUUAUUAACAAAGUCUGUGAGGUCUUAGGAAUUCCAGCCAAAAUUAUAAAACCAGUGAAAUAUGAAAAUGGCAACAGCAACAGUGCAAGCACUUUUGUGCUUGGAGAAAAUAUGGUGUUGAAUUGCUAUAACAAUGGAAGAGGAAGCUUUUUGCUCACAGUGCACAGAUCUCUUUGAACCAAUGCCCAUGGCAUGAUGUAUAAAGGAUGUUUCAUGGACCCCCCACAUCCUAACAGACAGACAUUUGGGACACUAUAAUACUUAUCCAAAAAUGUUGUAAAAUCAUCUCAGCCCUUAGACAUUAUAAAAUAUAUUUUAUUAUUUAA